UCCUGUCUCUGCUUUGCCAGUCAUGGAUCAUAUCUUCACUCUAUGGUUAUUCUUAGUUCAAAUCCUAAUAGUAUUUCAGAUGUGUGAAGCUCAAGUUCCAGCCGUCAUAGUGUUUGGUGACUCCUCUGUGGAUACAGGUAACAACAAUUUCAUUCCAACAAUUGCAAAGUGCAACUUCAAGCCAUACGGCCGCGAUUUUCCAGGGGGUAGCGCCACCGGAAGAUUCUGUAACGGCCGUUUACCUCCUGACUUCAUCUCCGAGGCAUAUGGUCUACCGCCGACAGUACCUGCCUACUUGGAUCCAAUGUAUAGCAUAUCAGAUUUUGCCACUGGAGUCUGCUUUGCUUCAGCUGCAACUGGUUAUGACAAUGCCACUGCUGAUGUGCUAAAAGUGAUUCCUCUGUGGAAGCAAGUGGAGUACUACAAGGAGUAUCAAGAAAAGCUAAGAUCCUAUCUUGGAGAAGAGAAAGCAAACGAAAUAGUAAGAGAAGCAUUGUACUUAAUAAGCAUCGGAACAAAUGACUUCCUGGAGAACUACUACACACUUCCAGGUCGACGACAUCAUUUCACUAUCGGACAGUACCAGGAUUUUCUCAUUGGACUUGCAUCAGAUUUCUUGGAACAACUUUACGCUCUCGGAGCUCGGAAAAUAUCCUUGACAGGGGUUCCUCCAAUGGGUUGUCUGCCAACAGAAAGAGCUACAAAUUUCAAAGACCCUGGUAAUUGUGUCAAGAAAUAUAACGACAUUGGCUUGGAAUUCAAUAGGAAAUUGAAGGCUUUGGCCACAAAAUUGAACAACCAACUUAAUGGAUUGAAGAUAGUGAAUGCAGAUGCAAAUCCCAUAUUAUCGCAGCUCAUCGCAGAGCCUUCUCGAUAUGGCUUUGAAGUUGCAGAAGUGGGAUGCUGCGGGACAGGGACAAUCGAGAUGGGCAUUCUGUGCAAUCAACACAAUCCAUUUACAUGUCCAGAUGCAGAUAAAUAUGUGUUUUGGGAUGCCAUCCAUCCAUCACAGAGAACAAAUCAAAUCAUCUCGGAUUAUUUACUUAAAAGUCUCAAAGCCAAUUUUAAAUGACAAUUUCGUCAUACAAGAGUAAGUGAUCAAUUUUUUUUAUUUUUUU